AUGGAGAGUGAUCACGGCCUGCGGUUCCCGCUCCAGCCUGAUACCGCCCACGAUCAGACAGUCCGGCAUUAUGCUACGACUGAGCCCGGACAUUCCGACUGCGAGUCCAAGUCCGACGACUUCAUGGAGAUGAUCGACCAUCUGCGCGUCUGCGAACGGUUUCCGGACAAGAUACACGAGUUCUGGUGCCCUGAAUGCAUCACGUCCGACCACGCACAGAGGCCCACACCGCUCAAGAUUCCCUGUAUGGAGAAGUGCCGGUGCUUCGAGAAGAAGUCCUUUACGGGAAAGGCCGUCAAAGUCAUCCGCCGAGCAUGCUCCAUCAAUAGCAGCAAGUCAACGCCAAACUCCCCUGUGUCUUAUGUCUCAUCAGACAUGGCGACGACGAGGAGUGUCUUCGGUGAUGCUUACUACCCAGACACGGUGAUCCGUCCCAGAAGCUGCGAGCCAAGAGCCAUUGAUCCCCCCCGGGAGCAUCCUAAGCAACCAGGAGCCCCGGAGUAUCCUAAGCAGCAGGGACUCGCGACAGCUAUCACAACCUCUCCGUGCACAUACGUGGGAUCGGAGCUGGACGCCAAACAAACCCGUGCAGAACUACCCGAUAGUCAAGUUGCAGAGAUGUAUGGCGACCCAAUCGAGGUUUCGCCAGUGCAUGAGAUGGGUUUUGACAGUUCUUCAGCAACCAUAAUUGGUGCUUGGAACUCGCUCCAGUCCCCAUCAGGAUUAUCGGAAGUCGGGGCAUGGUCGACAGAUCCUCUCGUGGGCAGCACGCACACCUCCUAUGGCUUCCCUCUGGUCCUUGAGAAUCAACAAGAAUGGGGCUCUGCCCCAGCUGCCCAAUUUCUUUCUGACCAACCUCUCGUCGAAGACCCUCUCGAGAUGGAUGUCUACAGCCCCAUUCACCUCCCAAAUUCAUCGCAGAUACUUCCAUGGACGUUUGGACACGAUAAGGAUGUGCUGAGCCACUUUGACACCGCCAAUGGCAGCCUUCCCGGCCGACCCAUCAUUCCACAAGGGGUACUCCAGCCUCAGAAUUCCAACACGGAGGAAGACUCGAAAACAAGGCAUUCUUCAUUCUCUUCCAUGUCCACUUUGGCAGGUUCUAUUUUUGACAGAGACGCUAUCCAGCCUACUUCAUCAAGGACGACAAGUCUAGACAGCAAUGAGUUUCCCCCACAACUGCAACAUAAUAGUCGCACCGAGAUUGCACAAAUCCAGGCGACGUCUCCUAUUGCACAUGACUCGCAGAGCGAGUUCCAUCGCACCGGAGAAGGCACACUCCGGCCACUUGUCCAUAUUGCCUACAGAGGUUGA